AGGCCCCGCCGGCGCCCUAGCGCGGCCCCGCGUCGCGGCUGCUGAGCCUCCGCCCGCCCCGCCGCCACCAUCGCCCUUCCCGCCCGCGCGGGGACCCCCCCUCGGCUCCCCUCCCUCCUCACAGCCGCCGCCAUGUUGGGCCGGGAGCCGCAGCGGGGCCGCCACUGAGCCCCGGAGCCUGCGAGGGAGGAGGCGGAGGAGGAGGCGGAGGAGGAGCCCGGGCCCGGCUGCCCCGCAGAGCCCAGCGCCGGCCGCCCAGCCGCAGCCAUGGCGGAGCAGACCUACUCCUGGGCAUAUUCCCUUGUGGAUUCCAGUCAAGUGUCUACCUUCCUGAUUUCUAUUCUCCUCAUAGUCUACGGCAGUUUCAGGUCUCUGAACAUGGACUUUGAGAAUCAGGACAAAGAGAAAGACAACAGCAGCACCACUGGGUCAUUUAAUGGCAACAGCACCAAUAACAGUAUUCAAACCAUCGAUUCCACCCAGGCGCUGUUCCUGCCCAUCGGAGCGUCCGUGUCUCUCCUCGUCAUGUUCUUCUUCUUCGACUCAGUUCAAGUUGUCUUUACAAUAUGCACAGCAGUCCUUGCAACAAUAGCUUUUGCUUUCCUUCUGCUCCCGAUGUGCCAGUACUUAACACGGCCUUGCUCACCUCAGAACAAGAUUUCCUUUGGCUGCUGUGGCCGUUUCACUGCUGCUGAGUUGCUCUCGUUUUCUCUGUCUGUGAUGCUUGUCCUUAUCUGGGUCCUAACUGGCCACUGGCUCCUUAUGGAUGCUCUGGCUAUGGGCCUGUGUGUUGCAAUGAUUGCCUUUGUCCGGCUGCCGAGCCUGAAGGUUUCCUGCUUGCUGCUCUCUGGGUUAUUAAUUUAUGAUGUCUUUUGGGUCUUUUUUUCUGCCUACAUCUUUAACAGCAAUGUUAUGGUGAAAGUGGCCACACAACCAGCUGACAACCCCCUGGAUGUGUUAUCCCGGAAACUUCACCUGGGACCAAAUGUGGGCAGGGAUGUUCCCCGUCUGUCACUGCCCGGCAAACUUGUAUUCCCAAGUUCCACAGGCAGCCACUUCUCCAUGCUGGGGAUUGGAGAUAUUGUGAUGCCAGGGCUUCUGCUCUGCUUCGUCCUGCGUUACGAUAACUACAAAAAACAAGCCAACAGCGAUUCCUGCGGCACCCCAGGACCAGGGAACAUCUCUGGGCGGAUGCAGAAGGUCUCUUACUUUCACUGCACACUUAUUGGCUAUUUUGUAGGUUUAUUAACUGCAACAGUAGCUUCUCGUAUUCACCGGGCAGCCCAGCCUGCCCUGCUCUAUUUGGUACCAUUCACUUUAUUGCCACUCCUCACCAUGGCCUAUUUAAAGGGCGAUCUACGCCGCAUGUGGUCUGAGCCUUUCCACUCCAAGUCCAGCAGCUCCCGUUUCCUGGAAGUAUGAUGGAACAGAGAGGAAGUGACCUGAACUUCUGCCUUGGUCCUUUUCACUUUAACUUGUGGCUUUGUUGUCUCCUAAGCUGGACUGGCUGGUACUUGGGAAGGUACCAGCGAUGGGACACGUAUGAAAGGACUUUGUAUUAAAGGAGGGAAAGAAACAAAAGCUGAAAUCCCAGAGCUCCGUGUGACUCCGUAUCUCCCUGCAGAUGUGGAACUGGGGACCCUUUGUGCAACUGCAGCCACUUUCCUCUUUUCCUCACUCGGAUGGAUUAGUACCAGACUAUUACCUUUGUGAGAGAGGAAGAGACAGACUUGAAACUAAAAACGGCUUGAAGUCGUUCAAAAACUUGUGAACACUAAACACAAAAACAGUUCAGCAAACUGAGGCUUCUUCAGAGAACCCCUCGUGGACAUUGGGACCAGUUUCCUGCGGGACUUCGGUUUUGAAAAGAACUGAGACAGAAGGUCUUCUGUCACAAUAUUGGGUUUUUUUGAUUUAUUAAAUAUUUCCUGUGGUGUGAGGUUACUUAUUAAAUCCACAGACAUUGAGUGACUUCUUGCAGUAUACAUAUAAAAUUUGUUGUAACAAGUUACAUUUCCACCCAGAUGUCAUAUUGCAGUGAAAAAGGGCACGAUUUUUAUACAUAUAUAUAUACACACAUAUAGAUAUAUAUAUGAAUAAAUAAAAAGGAAAACCUGCUAAGAUCAUGCUGUGUAGCAGACAGGGGCUUGCUGUAAUUUUUAGCAUGUAGUGCAGUUACUCUGGCUUUAUGUAUAUGGAUCUACAGUCAGCUGCUGUUUUUCCCCCCUCCUACAACUGAACCUGCAGUUUAAAACCAAGUGUAGUAUUUGUACUGGUUGUACCAUGGACUUUAGGGGAUAUUUGAUUUGAUCAAUGUAGCAAACUAGGGAAGAAAAAAGUUCAAAUCCAGCCCUGUGUGUCUGAGGGGGGAGGAGGUGGGGGUGUCUUUUUUCUUUUUUUUUUUCUCCUUUUUUUUGAUAUUUUUUUUUUUUACAAACAGCUCCCUUGCAGGUUUUUAGUAGUUCCUUCUUGACCAGUGCAUGUAUUAUAGCAGCAAUUGUCUUUGUGCUUUCUGAUCAUAGUAAUGUAUCACUUGUAAAUACAUUUUUUCUAUUUUCUA